CAUUGAAUCACGGCCACGAUCAUCACUACACCACCAUCCACGCGACGACAAUUCAAAGCAGGAGCGAUACUUUUAAAAUACCCUCCUUUUCCCGCUUCAUUCCUUUUCCUUCUUUUUGCAGCUUAAUCUCCUCUUAAUAUUCUUUGUCACAAUGUCUUCUCCCCGUGCCUCCUCGCCCAGCUCCCCGCCCGCUGGCGGCUCUACCGGUGUUAGCUCUGCGCGCCCCUCCUCGCCUCCUCCCCCGGGCGGUGCUCGUACCGCCAUCCGUCGCCGUGCUGCUGCCGACCAGAAGGAGAAGAUUGCCAAUGCUCGCCCCAACAGCACGCGCGCCGCUGGCGCCGGUGGCUCCAGCAGCACCAUGCUCCGUCUUUACACCGACGAGAGCCCCGGCCUCAAGGUCGACCCCGUUGUUGUCCUGGUUCUGUCGCUGGUCUUCAUCUUCAGCGUCGUCGCUCUUCACAUCAUUGCCAAGAUCACCCGCAAAUUCUCCAGCUAAACGGGCUGAGCAUCAGCAAACAACAAUGCUUAUCCGGAGCGAUUUGGUUUCUCUUUUGCCGCGGCGGCUCACUCUCCAUAAAGUAGUGGUUGAGACAAAACCCGAAACGAUGAAUGACAGCGACAUACAACAACUAUGCCAUAUUCACACGAAACACACAAUGGCACAGAUGGAACCUCCUUGCUGCUACGGUCUUGACGGGAAACGAUAAACCAUUCAAUGAUCUGUCUCAUUUGCCCAAAGACACAACAGUAUUUCGGGAGAGGUAGUGGGUAGUGCCGGUAGUAGGCGCCCCUGAGCUCGGCUGGGGUGCUUGUUUCGCUUCGUACAUAAUAACAGAAGGAAGGAUAUCAAGGGAUAAAUAGGGUGGACGCGUUUGGGAAUCUGGGGACUGGUGGAAAAUUCAUGGCCAACCAAAAGGAAUUUGCUCAUGAAAGGGUUUAAGAAAACGGUGGAACCCAUGCAAACCUUUUUAGGUCUCCCAGAGCGCAUAGAUAUCCCCCAGCGGCUUUCAGAGUUUUGAGGGGAUGAUGAUUCUGGUGGGGAAUGA